AUGGAGCUUCCCAAUUCCACCCAGAAAAAUAAUCCCCUGUCCCAACCCACUAGAGAUAUCUUCAUCCUCUCAGGCCAAAGCAACAUGGCGGGCCGCGGCGGAGUCGACAAGCACAAAAAAUGGGACGGUGUUGUUCCGCCGGAGUGCUCUCCUGACCCUUCCAAAAUUCACCGCCUCAACGCCAACCUCCAGUGGGAGCCGGCUGCUGAACCCCUCCACUACGACAUCGAUUACAAGAAAACGUGCGGAGUGGGGCCAGGGAUGUCGUUCGCAAACGAGGUGAAGGAGCGCCUGGGAAUCAUCGGCCUGGUUCCGUGUGCUGUAGGUGGGACUGCGAUCAAGGAGUGGAGGCGUGGAAAGCCACUGUACGAGAACAUGGUGAAGAGGGCUGCAGCCGCCGUGCAAAGCGGCUCCGGUGAAAUUAAGGCAAUGUUGUGGUAUCAGGGGGAGAGUGAUGCAUUAACCCAGCAUGAUGCCGACAGUUAUAAGGAGAAUAUGGAAACACUUAUUCAUAAUGUGCGUGCUGAUCUGAAUUUGCCUUCUCUUCCAGUGAUUCAGGUUGCAAUUGGAUUAGUAAAAGGCGAAUUUGUGGAGAAAAUUAGAGAAAUUCAGAAGGGGAUUGACCUCCCUAAUGUUGUAUGUGUGGAAGCUAUGGGAUUGAAGCUCAAGGAAGAUAACCUUCACCUGACUACAGAGGCCCAGGCUCAACUCGGCAGCAUGUUGGCUGAUGCUUAUUUUGCCCAUUUUGGGCCAUAG